AGCUUGCCCAAAAUUUUCUUGACGUCACUUUGCAAAAUGUUGGAGAAGUAUGCGUAGGUCGCGAAUGCCUACGAUUUGUAACAUCAAAGUUUAUAAAUUGUGAUUUGAAAACGGUAUAAUUAGUCCAGUUAAUUAAUAUUAGUACAUAAUGGCAAGCGCAAGUAGCUCUUCGAGAUCUGAGUUUAUUGUGGGUGUGAAAUAUCGAUUAGUGCGUAAAAUAGGAAGUGGGUCCUUCGGAGAUAUAUAUUUAGGAAUCAACAUCACAAGUGGCGAGGAGGUUGCUGUGAAAUUAGAAUCAACUAAAGCUCGACAUCCACAACUUCUGUAUGAAAGCAAAUUAUAUAAAAUUCUCCAAGGUGGUGUUGGAAUACCUCAUGUCAGGUGGUUUGGACAAGAAAGAGACUACAAUGUCUUGGUUAUGGAUCUGUUAGGACCUAGCUUAGAGGAUUUAUUUAAUUUUUGUUCAAGGCGAUUUACUAUGAAAACUGUUUUGAUGCUAGCUGAUCAGAUGAUUGGACGAAUUGAGUAUGUUCACAAUAAAAAUUUUAUCCAUAGAGAUAUAAAACCUGACAAUUUUCUAAUGGGUAUAGGACGACAUUGUAAUAAGCUAUUCUUGAUUGAUUUUGGAUUAGCCAAAAAAUAUCGAGAUAAUAGAACUCGCCAACACAUUCCUUAUCGUGAAGAUAAAAAUUUAACUGGAACUGCUCGUUAUGCUAGUAUUAAUGCUCACCUGGGUAUAGAGCAAAGUCGGAGAGAUGAUAUGGAGUCCUUGGGAUAUGUUCUAAUGUAUUUCAACAAGGGAAGUCUGCCAUGGCAAGGUCUCAAGGCUGCUACGAAAAAGCAAAAAUAUGAAAAGAUCAGUGAAAAGAAAAUGUCCACAAAUGUAGAAGUGCUAUGUAAGGGUUACCCUGCUGAAUUUGCAAUGUACCUUAACUAUUGCCGAGGACUCCGCUUUGAAGAAGCUCCCGACUACAUGUACCUUCGCCAGCUUUUCAGAAUCUUGUUCCGAACUCUAAAUCAUCAGUACGAUUACACCUUUGAUUGGACCAUGCUUAAACAAAAGGCAGCAGCCUCUGCCCCUGCUGUUGGUGCUACAUCACAAGUUGUCACUACUACGGCCGGUCGCUAACUUGGUGGCCUUCCCAGACUGUGCGCUGGGAAACAGGAACAACCUUGAUAGCCACUUGAUUAUGGAAAUAGCCUGUACCAUGUCAUUUAAACUGGGGAGAGGUGGAGGUGAAAAAUGAAAAAAAAAAAAAAAAAAAAAGUUAAAAAAAAUUAUAUGUAUAAACAUAUAUAUAAAUAUAUAUAAUGACUUCAAGAAACUGAAUGCAGUUGUUAGUUUGAAGAACUCAGAAUGCAGAGGACCUGCUUCAUGGAGUGAUUCUAUCUCUGCAAUCAAAGUCCUUCAUUUUGUGAACUGUUGAUUUUUUUUUCAUCAGAAACGUUUACCUCUCCCACCUCAUCUCUAAGCUACAAAGAUUAAUAAGAGUUGUGACCACUUUAUCUCUUCAGUUUUUGUAUAUGACCAGUGUUGCAGUUUGCAAAUUCAUUCGUCCUUGAAUAUCCAAUUAUGUCUUGCCCUUUGCAUCCAGCAUUAAAAUGGGGGGACAGUUUUUACAUUUUGGCAAGAUUUUUUCAUUCUACAUAUUUUCUGCGCUUGUCGGAAUACUCUGUCAAGGAGUAAGCACAGGUAAUCUUGAGCGCAUCUUGUCACAUUUUUGAAUUCUAAUUUGAGUUUUUUUUUCAACGAUCUCAGUUUUUGAUCCUCCACUGAAUGCGCAAGAGGUUAUCGCCAUAGUUAUAUGCCUGAAUGACUUUGCAAUGCAUUGUUAUGCUAAUUAUGAUGAAUGAACUAUAUUGGAGAAGACAGUUUCAUAUUAUAUUUAAUUCUACAAUUUCCAUUAACAAAUGAACUUUGCUUUAGAUGUUCUGCAUUUCUGUAAAAAAAAAGUAACAAAAAAAAUUGUGCUGUGUGUAUCUGGUUUAUUCAAUUAAUUCCUUAUGUAUCUUUAGCAGUGGUCUUAGUCAUUUAUUUUAUGUAUGUGCUGCGUGUGCAGUACAAUCUGUUUGUCUGUUGUCCAGAUGUAUGUCAUUCAUGUUACUGCCACAGAAUGUUCAUCUAGUUGAGGGAGCUGAUAACCUGAUUCUAUGUAUAAAGUCCAUAUUGCUGUUUGUAUAGUUAGGCAUUUUCUUUUCUUUCUUCCUUUAUUUUUUUUUUUUUAAUAUUGCUUGUUGCCGCCCUGUUACUUACUGUAUUAAUGGUGUGAAUUUUGUUUUCUUUUUGUAUGUGUAGUGUUUGAAGAUAAGAGGUACAUAUUGAUAAAAGUAAUUUAAUGUAAUAUAACUUGUGUGGUAGCAACAUAUUAAAAACCACCUUUUAGGUACUUUUAAAAAAAGCUGUUUUAAGCAAAUGUAAAAAAAUAAAAUUGCCUGAAUAAAGAAUUUGCUGGUUUA